AUGAGGAAGGAAUUGCAGCGCCUCAUGGGCCUCUUGAAUUGGCUGCGCUCCUUCAUCCCAGACUUCGCGACGGUGACUGCCCCUAUCACAGACCUACUCUCGCCCAAGAUGAAGUACAGGUGGACUGCCGAGGCAGACCACGCCCUGGCUGCCAUCAAGAGCCUAUUCCAGAAGAGUCACGUCCUCUCACAUAUAGCACCAGGGGAGCCCCUGUACCUGCAGACGGACACCAGCAAGGUGGGCAUGGGGGCGGUGCUAUACCAGGUCGGCCCCGACGGGGAGCAGAGAGUGUUGGAGUACACCAGCUCCAAAUUUGGGCCAGCUGCGAGGAAUAAUGAUCACCCUGACCCGACCAAUGUGUACGAGGAUGAAGGGUCCUGGGAGGACCUGGUUCCCCCUCAGGGCCAUUCCUCCUCCAUAGGGAAGUCGUCCGGGUGUGCGGCCCUGUAUAUGGUGACACACCAGCUCAAGAACCCCAGUCCCAAACAAGUAGACACCCUAUCCAACCUCAUCAGUGCAGUUCAGCAGGUGCAGCGGGGAGUUGCAGCCACCAAGGAUGCUGUGGAGGUGUGUGGCACCCAGGUGUUGCCGUACCAGAGGGUGGUCGACGGGGUCCUGCAGAGUAGGGCACCUGCAGACAUGGAGUUGUGGCGAAUCUAUGCCCCAGAGGAGGCUCGAGCUGCCAUCCUCGUGUACUUCCACGACCACCAGAUCGCGGGGCACCCCAGCAGGGAGCAGAUGGCAGAGGUGCUGCGCACCGAAUUCCACUGGCCGGGGGUGACCCGGGACAUCAGGGAGUACAUGGGGAGGUGUCUUCAUUGUCAGCACUGCAAGGCGAGGAGGUCGGAUGGCGAGGAGUAG